UGUGUGUCUCGUCGUCCUUCCACUAAGUCAACCUUCCCGUCUGUCUUCCAUCUCUGCCUCGUGCAUCCCAAAGUCCCCUUCAGCUUUGGAUCACGACAAGAUCUUGCGUCCCAUCGUCGAGGCAUUUGCUCUCGCAACUGAAAUAGCUGCCUCCUUUCCUUCCUUCCAUCGAGCCAGCAGACGAAAUCACAUGAGCACCAACCACGCGGUCACCCGACGCGGACGCGAUACUUAAUCAGGCUUUACGGCCAAUUCUACCGAACAGAGACGACACACACCCUCCACAAUCGCUUUGUCGCGUCAGAUCCAGGAUGGAUUCGUACUCUUCUCACCGAGACUCCUCUGCGCGCUCGCCGGGCGACAGGACGUGGAGCAGUCGCGAUGAUACACGAAUCAAGGAGGAGCGGACCGACCCCUUCUACCGCGGUAGAUCUCCUGGCCAUGAGCGCCAACACCGUGAUAGACGUCGCUCUCGAUCCCCGGCCGCCAUCGACCGUUACGAGCCAAGGGGUCGCGGUCGCGACGACUAUGCCGGUCCUCGGGAUCGCGAUGAUCGCCGCGAACGGAGAAUCACGUCGCCGCCGGCCAACAUCGACCGCUAUGUCCCCGGACAGGACAGCAGCGCCCCGACGCCACUAACCGUCAACCCGCUCGCGGACCCGGUCAAGCUCCCCUACCAGGUUGGAUUCUCAUACUUUGGCGAAUGGUGGAGAAUGAACGAGAAGAUCAAGGAGGAGAAGGAGCGCCAGCGCACCGGUCGCCGUCGCGAACCCGAUCGCGUUCGCGGCCCUCGCGAAGUGCAAGAAGAGCGCGAGAAGGAGAAGGCCAAGAUUCAGCUCGCUUAUGACGCCUAUAAGGAAGAGCUUCAAGCAAAGAUGGCGCGAACCUUUGUUGCCGAGCACAAGAAGGAACAGUGGUUCCGCGAGCGCUAUGUGCCUGAGAUUCGCGAUGCUUUCAGGUCCCAGCUGAACGAAUUCCGCCGAGGCGCCUACAGCCAGUGGGAGCAAGAUCUCGAGUCCGGAACGUUUGACGACUUCUCUCUCGAGGGCAUCCCAAAGAGCGAGACGAACGGCCUCGGUGGCCUCGUGGAGAAGGAGGAGGGCGAGGCAACCGCCGCCAACGAGAUCCUCGGAGUUGGUGAUCUUGUGCCGGCCAAUGGCUCUGACAUCAGAGACGAGAACCUGUACCAGCCAACCCUUCUCAUCAAGACCAUUGCGCCUCACGUCAGCAGACAAAACCUCGAGACAUUCUGUAAGGAGCAUCUAGGCGAAGAAGAGGGCGGCUUCAAAUGGCUUUCUCUUUCGGAUCCUAACCCCAGCAAGCGGUACCACCGCAUUGGCUGGGUUAUGCUUCACCCUUCUUCAGAGGUUGCUCCUGCUGUUGUCGAUCGCGUGGAUCCCAAGGACGAGGAGGGUGAUUUGCCUCUGAAGUCGCCAGCUGUUGUCUCAACUGCGGAAAAGGCUCUGGACGCGGUGAAUGGCAAGACUGUCAAGGAUGAGGUCAGAGGCGACUUCGUCUGCCAUGUCGGCGUGCACAACCCUCCCAGCAACCCUCGAAAGAAGGCUUUGUGGGAUCUCUUCUCCGCACCUGAGCGUGUUGAAAAGGACUUGAACCUCGUCCAGCGACUUGUCAACAAGUUUGAGGAAGACUUCGGCUCCGAUUUUAACGCCUUGCUGAAGAUCGAAGAGAGAGUCGACGACCUUAAGAACGGUGGCCGUCUCCAACCUGCUGCUGGCGCGACCAAGAAGAAGCCCAAGAAGGAACGCGAUCUCGAUGUCGACGAUGGCAUGGAAGAUGGAGAAGAUGGUGCCGUUGAUGAGGACGAAGAUGAAGGUGCUGUGGAGGAGGACGAAACCGACGAUGAGGAGUUGAUUGUGAAGAAGAAGCAGCUGGAUCUCAUGAUCGAAUAUCUCCGACGCGUCUACAACUUCUGCUUCUUCUGCGUCUUUGAGAGUGACUCGAUUCAUGAGCUCACACGCAAGUGCCCCGGUGGUCACUUGCGCCGACCGAGAAGUACUCUGAGCACCUCCGCCAAGGCUGUCGCGCGCGCCAGCGCCAACGGCGAGCCGUUCCCCGGAAAGAAGCGCAGCGAGAUUGAGGAAGAGGGCGAGGCAACCGAGAUCGACAAGAAGUUCCGCAGCACCACUGGCAAGGCAGAGCAGCAGCUUCUGCGCGCCUACAACUGGGUUAAGACCUUUGAGGACAAGAUCUUGCAGAUCCUUGAGCCUGAGACGGCAGACUUGCGCAAGCUUGGAGGUCGGCCAGUUGAGGACGCCGUCAGUGAUGAACUCCUCAAGUACGUCAAGCAAGAAGACGAGCACAAGUGGAGGUGCAAGGUUCCCGAGUGUACCAAGCUGUUCAAGGAGGAACACUUCUGGCGCAAGCACGUCGAGAAGCGCCACGGCGAUUGGCUUGAGAGCAUUGAGCAGGAGUUCCACCUCAUUAACGCCUACGUCAUGGAUCCCUCCCACAUUGCUCCGUCGCGAACGGAUGCCAACUCCAAUGGCCACUUCCCUCCCGCUAACGGCCAGUCGGCGACUGGAACCCCACGUGGUUUCAACUUGCAGAACUUCACCAUGAACGGCAUGAUGCCUAUUCCGGGCUUUCCCAUGCCGCCGGGUGGUUUCCCGCCAUUCGUUGGCGGUGGUCACCCUGGUGUCCAAGCCGGAUGGAACGCAGGCGGCGAUGACCGCGGCGGCCCCGGCCCCAUUCGCCGUGGAGGAAUGGGUGGCGGCCGUGGCAACUACCGAACCGGGCCCUAUGACAGACGCCCGACCCCCCGUUGGGACGGUGGUAUUGGCGGAAGAGGGCGUGGCGGUGCCGGAAAGUGGGGAGACGGCGCUGCAGGAGGAGCGGCUGUCGGACCCCGUGAGGCCACUCAGGGGCGCAGCCUCAAGAGCUACGAGGAUCUCGACCACGUGGCUGGCGGCGGCGGUGGUGAGUUGAACUAUUAGCACAAGAACUACUCACACCGUUUGGAUCGCCACGAAUCGGUGGUCAAAAAGGAGGAAAGAAAAUAGUUGCAUGGGUCAUCUGACAGCCUUAGAUGACAAGCGGCUGGAACAGGAGCGCAGGGGUUCGCGCUGUCAUCUCAUUUUUGCCUUUUAUUUCCUGCAACAGAGGAGUUGCACACUCAUUGGGCAUAUUUGGCUGUACUUUGUAACAUAACAGAAAAUCCGGGGCUAGCUUGGGACUGCGAAUUCGGAUUGGGUUUUCUUUUAGCACCAUUUUGUUUUCUGACCUUUGACUCGCGUGACUCUCUCACGGCCCACCUAGACCCUGUGGUCUUGAGACUGUUCUUUGAAGAAGACCAUGAUGAUAAGUUCUUCCACGCACACAUCCAUCCGUCUCACCGUCAUCUGGAGUGAUUUAUAUAUAUAGUGAGUGGGAGACUGACAUACAUACGUCUGAGCUCAUCUGUAACUGAACUGGACAUAAAUAGUGCCAAAAAUAACGAUAAA